UGUUUUUCCAGUUCGAGAUAUUUUGAUAACCAACUAACUAAUUCUCUAUGGACGCGGGAACUCUUCUCUGUCCGAUUCCGUUAAACCCUAACCGUCCUUACAGCCUUCGUCGUUUCUCUUUCCCGCGCUUUAUUAGGGCCUCUUCCACUUCCCAGGGAGAUUACAAAGGGCCGAAGCCAAAGAGGGAAUGGGUGGCCGAUUGGGUAUCCAGAAACGACGACGCCGUUCGGAGCUUGCCGAUUUAUGUUGGAGGUGCGUCUCUGUUGGCAGUUCUCGUCAAUCGCUCUGUUUCGGGUAUUGCUCCAGUGGCCGAUGCCAGCAGUGCUCAGUCUAGAGCGGAUCUAUUGACACUUGGUUUGGCUGUGACCAAUAUUCUAGUUGGUCUAGUAUGGCUGUCCAUCAGACCAAAAUCUAUAUCUGUGGUAAAUCCCCAAGGUGUAAAGUGUCAAAGGAUAUAUUCUCACCUUCCUGAUUUUGUAGUUUCCGAGUUACUAUGGCUGUGGGAGUCUAUGUCCGCCGUAAGUUGCUGCAGGUCUCUGGUUAUUGUUUAUGAUAGCAUCUGUAUCCUCCAAAUAGGAAUUGCUGCUGCCUCUUCCUUUGAUGAAGUUGAACCAGUGGUUGUAGAUGUCAAUAAAUUAAUCCAAGGAUCACUCUACCGUGGUGUUUUAAAAUCUGGAUCACAGAGCUACUUGGCCAACUUGUCCCUUUAUCCUGGGAAGUCUGAGCUGCCAUUUCUGCCUUCAAAUACACAGGCAGUCAUCCUGCAACCACUUGGAGACAAAGGAAUUGCAAUAAUUGGAGGUGACACAAUUAGGGGCUUCACAACUUCUGACCAGGCAUGGAUUACAUUGAUUGGAGAGAAGUUGGAUGCUACACUCACAAAAUAUGUGAAUAACAUCACUCUGGCAGGUCAUAUAGAAGUUGAAAACAAUCAAACUUUGAAAUCUUAGGUUUGCAUAGCAUUCUUUGAAAGUUUUAUUCAAGUCUUUUGUUCCUUCCCCUCUUUGGUCCUGCUAGUGAUACUGCAGAAGAAGAGAUC